GUACGGUCGUUGUGGUGUUUGUGUCGUGAGAAAAACGCGUCUUCUGACUAUUUAUGUCGCCCCUGCUAAAAUAAGCUAGCGCCGUCAAAUGAACGCCGUCUAUUUGCUGGAGUCACAAUGCUACCGUCAGAUUAGCCAAGGCUAGCUAACUACAACAGGUUUCAUUGUUAUGGAAGCUUUGUCAGUCGAGAAAAGCCUCUGUGUCGUUAUUGUUCGACUCGUUUUACAAGUGAAAAGUGGCAAGUUUCAAGGUCGAACAGCUCUCCUGAUGAUACAUCAGCACUAAGCUCUUUUCAUACUUCCUCAUGAUGGCUAGUUGUGGAGAGGUAGACCACUCUGUUAGCUCACUCCCAUCCAGCAAGAAAGGCAGCAAUAGUGGUGGUGGAAGUGGGAACAGUGCAGAAUCAUCAUGCUCUGGCUCCAGCAACUCAUCCCCAGCUCUGUCAGUUCCUGAGUGUGCCAUCUGUCUGCAGAGCUGCGUCCACCCAGUCCAACUGCCAUGCCAUCACGUCUUCUGUUUCCUGUGUGUAAAGGGAGCAUCUUGGCAGAGCAAACGAUGCGCUCUCUGCAGACAAGAAGUACCUGAUGACUUCCUUGAAAGGCCUACACUACUCUCUCCAGAGGAGCUGAAAGCAUCAGCAGGAGGUCGGGGUGGGGCAGCGAGUGAUCACGCUUGGUAUUAUGAGGGGCGUAAUGGUUGGUGGCAGUAUGAUGAGCGAACCAGCCGUGAGCUGGAGGACGCUUUCUCCAAGGGUAAGAAGACAGCCGAAAUGCUCAUCGCUGGUUUUUUGUAUGUAGCUGACCUGGAGAACAUGGUGCAGUAUAGGCGCAAUGAGCACGGUCGCAGACGUAAGAUGAAAAGAGACGUUUUAGAUAUUCCCAAGAAGGGAGUGGCAGGACUGCGAUUGGACACUGAGGGUGUUACUGGGGCCGUAGGGGCUACAAGUAGAGAGAACUCUGCUGAUGGGGCUGAUACCACACUAACAAAUAUACAGCAACAGGUUACAGGUAUCUCUUCUACUGUAUCAGCCCCUUCAGCUCCUGCCAGACCUCCCACUUCCCUUGGUGGUCAGCCAGGCCCCAGUACUAGCCCACCUCUGGAGGAUGCUCUCUCCCAGCUGCAAAUCAGCCCCAGGCCCACACCUUCUCAUGAGCGGUCUGAGGCUGGGGAAGGAGAGGAAGAUGAGGAAGAGGAGGCCUCACCUUCCAGGUCCUCUGAUCCUCACACCUCUGUAGACGAGUCUGGCUCUGGAGAUUGGAGUGAUGAUGAGGACGAGGAGGAUGAAGAAGAGAACGGGGGAGAUGGAGAGCGUGUGGAGCCGUGGGAGGGUAGGCCAAGGAGACAAAGACUGAAUCCAGAGGACAGAGCCCCUCCUCGUUCAGAGUCUGCCUCCCCGUCUCCCUCAUCCAGUAGCAGUGGAAGGUCCAGAAUGCCUGAUGGCCAGUGUACAGUGACUGAAGUGUGAAGUGAUCAUUAAUAUAUUAUCACCAAAUGGCUGUUUUCCUCAUUAAUUUGUUCCUCGCUUUAUGCUGUCGUUCACUUGGUCACAGAUCAAAUGGGGGUGGAAUACUUUCUGCAGGAGAAAUGAGGCACUACACAUCCAGUAAUAAACAGAACCAAGUUUUCCUCCAUUUGUGUGCCCCAUUCUGGGAUCACAAUGAUCUGGAGGUAUCUGCGUGAUUUUAACAGUCUCAUCGCAAAAAUACAGAGUCAGCAGAAGUUUGUUUUCAUGUUCUGGAACUGAGUGUUCUCAUUCUGAGAGAGAGAAAGUACAGCUUGGUAAACACUCAGAUGAAUACACAGCGUUAUGAGCCAUGAUGUUUUCUAUACAGCACAUCAUUUGAGGGAGGUGCAACAGACUUGGCUGUAAUCAGUCUGUGCACUACUGGUUGCAGGUGUAUAAAGUCUGCUUUUUUUCAAAUUGCAGGCAAGUGGAAGUUAAAAGUGACUUCUGCCAAACCUACCUAUUGUUUACAUUUAUUAUCUAACACCCAGAGGGGGGCAGAGUGUUAGCCCCAGUCAGAUUUGUGACUUCCAGUGAAAGAAGGCAUAAUGGGAUUUUGGAACUCAGCCAUUAUGAACGGCUGCAUUCUGGUCAUCUGCACUUAACUCUCUCAGCUAACAUAGCACGCAGAAAUGAGCUCAUAAGAGCUCAAGUCAUCUGCCUACUCAUGCAGAGAAUUUAACCCUUAAUACCUUAUUCCUAGCCUCCACCUUACUUCAACAAUGUCCUUCACAUUUAACUAAUUAUGAAGCAUUUUCUUAAAGUUUUAAAUGUAACUGAACUUUUUCGAAGCGUGUUUCAUUUCAGAGCUAAUGGUGGUUUGAAAAGAAAAACAUGAGUUUGUUCAUGAUGAAGAACGGAAACAAGUUCAACAUGAUGCUCUUAAACUGUAUGGGAUUGUAAAUUUGACACUUAAUAAUUAGCAACCUAGAAUAUCUGGAAACCAGAGGUUAUCUGGCUAUAUGCCAAGAUUUUGUGUUUGAUUUCGCCUGCAGUUUUAUGAAAACUAAAAUGUUUUAAUGAAUGUGUAGAACUUUUCCCAGGUUUGAAGAAUUGGCAUUUUACUGUGGAGUAGCAGCAUUGUGCCUUUAAAGCUGCUGAUGCCUCUGAAGCUUCCAUCUUAAUGUCCCUGAUUAAAGUAUUCUCAAUUAAUGUGUAUUCUAAUCUGUGCGUGUUUGAAGAGAGAGUUACUUAAACACUACUGGUUGGCAGGAUGUGGAGAAUUGAUGUUUUCAGUUUGAGUAAGUGUUUUAAUUUUGUUUGUGCAUUUCUUAUGGUUGUAAACCCUCUUAUAUAUUAUGUCUGGGGGAGUAAGAGAACAAAUCUAUGCCAUUGCUAUUGGUCAUCCUGCAGAAGUUUCAAGUUGCGUUGGUUUUCCAUUUCUUACAUGCCUCAGUCAUCGGCUCAGUUUUAAACUUUCCAUUUUGAAGAAUAAAUCAUUGUGUAACCUUUUUUUUUUUUUUUUUUGCUUAGUAACCUUUUUGUUUUAUGGUUUGUAAUUUAAGAAUAAAGUGUCAUUUCAA